AUGCAGCUCUUGGUGAGGGUGCCCUCUCUUCCAGAGCGGGGCGAGCUGGACUGCGACAUCUGCUACCGUCCUUUCAACCUCGGGGGCCGUGCGCCCCGCCGCCUGCCCGGUACGGCGCGCGCCCGCUGCGGCCACACGCUCUGCACCGCCUGCCUCCGCGAGCUGGCAGCGCGCGGUGACGGCGGCGGGGCGGCCGCGCGCGUGGUGCGCCUGCGCCGCGUGGUCACGUGCCCCUUCUGCCGCGCGCCCUCGCAGUUCCCGCGCGGCGGCGUCACGGAGAUCGCUCUUGACUCGGACUUGUGGUCGCGAUUGGAGGAAAAAGCGCGGGCAAAGUGCGAACGAGAUGAAGCGGGGAGCCUGGCCAAAGAAAGCAGCGACGCUGACGGAGAGGCCGAGGAGGAAGGGGAGAGCGAGAAGGGGGCGGGGCCUAGGAGCGCUGGGUGGCGUGCGCUCCAGCGGCUCUGGGACAGGGUCCUGGCGCCCGCGCGGCGCUGGCGGCGUCCGCUGCCUAGCAACGUGCUCUACUGUCCGGAGAUCAAGGACAUUGCCCACCUGACCCGUUGCACGUUGUAACCGAGGAACUCGGAAGCCACAGCAGAAGAAAGGUGGGAGCUGCAGCCUCGCGGGGGCUGAUAUCAAGACUACUCUGUCUCAGAUCCCAUAAUUGACAUGUGAUAAGAGAGAUGAGCCGAGGGCAGGAGGGAACGCCCUGGGAGGUGUUGAUGAUGAGUUGGGGAGGCUCCUAGACGAACUCGCCCCCAUCUACUGACUGUGCCAGUCUUACAUUUUCAGGAUGGAGUGGCCAAGGGAUGAUAUAAACAAAGCCUACGUUACUGUGGGAAGAAGACAGACUGUUUUCUUAGCUGGGACUUUGGCUUUUGUCCAGGGUGGCUCUGGUGUGUGGGAGCAACAGGUCCCGUUUUAGCAAUUCUUUGUCAAUGGUUUGAAUUUUUUUUUUUUUUUUUUAAGAUGGAAUGGGAGAGAAGAGGCUAAUUUUCGCGUCAUGUUAAUCUCACUUCUCUGGCAUGUGAGGGUGCUGAUAUGCCUGCUGUCUCCCCACUCCCAGUUCUGUGUUCCAAAAAUUGAGAUGGCUCCCUGCCUAUGACUAUGAUUAGGAGCCUUGCUUCAUUUCAGAAUCUACCUUCCGCCUGCUAGGGCAGGUAUCAGAAAUUCCAAAGGGCAUUUAUGUGAGGCACCUAAUUAGAGCCUAUCAAAGUAGGAAAGGAGAGCCAUUUGAAAGGCAUCUUAUUUCAAACUCUUGCUAUUAUCUGUGUUAUCUUUACAGUCACAGGGAACACUGGCGCUACUGAAAAGAUACUUAUACAAUUUUAAGUGUCUUUAAAAUUUGUGUCCCAUAAUGGGACAUCACCUAUUGUAUAUAUGCCAUGUAUUCUAUUUUAGAAUCCUGUUAAGUAUCUUAUGACCAUAUAGUCAUAGUCAAGGACCAGCAGCGUUGGUAUACGGUCGAUGGAAGUGCACAGUCUCACUCCAGGAUCCCACUCCAGACUUCCUGAAUCAGACUCUGGCAGGGUUGUUUUUUUGUUUUUGUUUUUGAGACAGUCUCACUCUGUCGCCCAGGCUGGAGUGCAGUGGCGCAAUCUCACCUUACUGCAGCCUCCACCUCCCCAGUUCAAGCGAUUCUCCUGCCUCACCCGCUGGAGUAGCUGGGAUUACAGGCGCCUACCACCACGCCUGGCUAAUUUUUGUAUUUUUAGUAGAGAUGGGGUUUUGCCGUGUUGGUCAGGCUCGUCUCAAACUCCUGAUCUCAGGUGAUGCGCCCACCUCGGCCUCCCAAAGUGCUGGGAUUAUAGGAGUGAGCCACCGCGCCCGGCCAAAUUCUGGCAUUUUAACAAUCCCAGGUGAUUUGUGUGCAUGUGAAAAUGUAAGUAUCAUUGGUCUAGAUCCUAGACUCUUUAGGAUAUCACCAUCUGUAGAUAGAAUAUUUAAAACAUAAUAGGUAUGACUGAUAGAUUAUUUUAUCCAAAGUUCUAAAGUAACAUUCUAUUGCUAAAGAAAUCCUAACCUACUAUGUUACAUUUUUCUCUUAAAAAUGUGAACUUAUUAAGUAUUAACCUCAAUUUUUAGGGGUCUCCAACCUUUUAAAAAUAUUUUUGAUUGACAAAUCAUAUACACUUAUGAGUUAUAAACCUCAAUUUUUGUAACCCUAUUUUGGCAUUUUCCUGUCCUUACGUCUCAGCUUAAAUGCUCCCUCUUCUGGGAGGCCUUUUCCUGCCUUCAACGUAGUAGAGCCUUUUCCCCAACCCCUCUGUAACAUAAUGCCCUGUUUUAUUUUUACUGCUUUUAUUUUCAUGCUUUGUGGGUGUCCUCACUGGAGUGUAAGCCCCAUGGGAGCAAGGGCUGACCUGUGACUUUUAUCUCCAGGGCCAACAGCAGUGUUACUGUAUAGUAUGUACUCAAUAAAUAUUUGUUGGCUUUGUAUCUUA